UUGGCCAAAAGGCGGAGGAGGUAAACAGCUCUAUAAAGUGAUGCACAGUGAAGACUCCGGUUCACAUUUCCCUACCCACCCUCCAAACACAUUUUACAGAGCCACAAGUCUUCAUUUAUUGGAAGCCAUGGCACAGUUCAUCCAUCUCUUGCUGCUGCUGGGUAUGUGUCAUGUUGCAGCAACAUAUGUUUUAGAAAGACAGGUGUGGCUGCUGGAGGGAAGCAGUGCCACUUUCCCAUUUCCUAAAGAUCGGACCAUUAAAUACUGUGGCAGAGGAGGCAGCAAGUGUCAGUGUGUUUCAGGCAGGUGUAAGCCCAAUAAUGCCAGCCUCCCCGGAGUCACAGUGACUGACAGCGACCUGACCAUUACCAGCUUUACGCGAGAGAAUGAUCAGAUCAACCUCUGCUAUGAUUCCAGAAAGACUGAAUGUGUGCAUCUUUAUGUGUCAGUAGGUUGUUCAGAGUCGCAUUAUAUUACGUUUGCAAAAGGUCAACCCAAACACAACGUGACGACUGUUGCUGACUGCAGGAGACUCUGUACUGAAGAUCCCACCUGCCAAUACUUCACAUUUUAUAAACCCAAUACAGCAUGUUUCCUGAUGACAUCAAGAGAUGACAUGCUGAUACAACUUCAUUCAUAUGCUGUCUCAGGGAACGACUGUGCUCCAGUGAACCCAACAUCAGUCCCUCCUGGUCCGACCCCUCCCCAACCCUCAGAUGAGGAAGAAGAAGCUCCAGUGAACCCGACAUCAGUCCCUCCUGGUCCGACCCCUCCCCAAUCCUCAGAUGAGGAAGAAGAAGCUCCAGUGAACCCAACAUCAGUCCCUCCUGGUCCGACCCCUCCCCAACCCUCAGAUGAGGAAGAAGAAGCUCCAGUGAACCCAACAUCAGUCCCUCCUGGUCCGACCCCUCCCCAACCCUCAGAUGAGGAAGACAAAGAAGAAGGUCCAAAAUGCCAACAAAUGGUAUUCUGGAGCUGAAAAUGAUGGUGUAUGCCUUCGCUACUGAUUUUUGCAUUCACUGUUCAUUGCACUUGUACUCACUUUCUAAUAACUGACUGAUUUGCUUUCUGUGGGAAAUAUUUACUCAUAUUUUACUCAACUGAAUGUAUCAAUAAUCAGUGUAUAAUCAGAAUCAAGAAACACAUAAUCAUUGUUAAUCAUAUUUUGUUGUUACCCUAGUUAGAGCUAAAAAUGAUGGUGUAUGCCUUCACCAUCUGUGCUCAAGUUGGUGUGUUUGCACUCAGGUGAUGUCAUGAUGUUCUGAGUUUAAGAGACAAUGGUGGCAGAGGUAGAGCGUAGUGAUCGGAGGGCUCUGCCAACAAGGCCUACAAUGGGAGGGGAAUGUGAACAGCAUGAAAGUGAAUGUAAUAUUGAAACAACUGAGUCUGCUCCAGGGUCCAGCUCAGUGUGUGUGUGUGUGUGUGUGUGUGUGUGUGUGUGUGUGUGUAAUCUUUAAAGACUCACAGUUAAUCUAUUUCACUUUGAACUCUGAUGGACUGCAUUUUAUUUACUGGUAAAGUGUGGGUAAAGAUCUAAUGAAACAAGACUGAAGAGGGAUUUUUAUUCCACAUUUCUUUCCCUGUAAAACCAAUAUUGUGAUUUAUGU